ACUCUAACUAGGCCCACCUUUCUUUUUCUUUUUUUCUUUUUUUUUUUUCCUUCUUACUCUCUAGAAAGUGUUAACCAAAUAGCAUAUGUGGUUAGCUGAACACAAAGUUAGCAAACAUUCCUAUCAACUUCUGCUCUCAAAUUCUUAGCCAAUUUGAACCUCAAAUCUCCACACCCUCUAUGAUUUACGUUGUGGGCCCUAUCUCAACGAUACCCUACAGAGAGAUUUUCAUUUUCAUCUUCAUUUUGCCCAUGGUUUUUCCUCCGUUUUCGCUCUCAAAAUUUCACUUCGUUUUUUCUUCUCUUGCUUACCCUCUAUAUUUGCCCAAUUCACUCAACGCUCAAAUCUCCUUCAAUCAGAAUUUCCUCAUUUGGUUUCGUUUAUCUCUGCAUCUCCUCAACUCGGUCAAUCUAUUUUACUCUGAAAAGUUGUUAGUUUUGUUUGUUGCAUCUUUGUGGUAUUUUAUCAAAUAUUAUUAUGGCAUCCUUAGGAUCACUUCCUUUUAUUGUUGAACCUAAAACGGAAAGUUCUAUUCUUUUCCAUGGCAAAAGCCAACAGCGAUCGUCCAAGUUCCCUUCUUUCGCUUAUAGGCCAAACAUAUCUUAUAGUUUUGCUAUUUCUAAUGAUGGAUUUCCCCUGAGAUUGAAAUCUGUGAGAGCUACUGGUAAGGAUGGUGUUAACAGUGAUGGAUCAGAGGAUGCAAUUCAAACUACCAUUGAAAAGAGUAAGAAAGUUCUUGCUAUGCAAAAGGACCUACUUCAGCAGAUUGCCGAAAGAAGGAAAUUGGUUUCUGAUAUAAAAAGUAGUAUUAUUGACCAAGAACUGGACAGUACUUCCUAUGACCAAACAGAGAGCUCUUUGCCAAAUCCAAACAAUGGUUCAACUAGUGUGAAUAUUCUUGAACAACAAAUUGGCAGCAUCUCACCAAGUAGCUAUGUUUCUUCAGCUGCAGACGUGCGACCAGAAAAUACAUCUUCAGCUUUCAGUGAAGGUCACAGUAUAGAUGAAAGAGACCCUAAACAACAUGAAUCUCCUAAAACAGUUUCCUCUAUUAAGAACUCUACCAGACAGUUAAAUCAGGUGAGUUCAGAGAAAGCUUGGUCAGACGAGCUCCCAACUUUUCUUUCAAAUAGAGAAACUUCCAUGCUAAAUGAUGGAAUGACUGAAAGCUCCACCGAAUCAACCUUACAUAAAGUUGAUAAUGUUGAAAAUAUCCCUAUGACUGAAGAUACAAAAUCCCCUCCUUUGGCUGGGGCCAACGUUAUGAACGUUAUCCUGGUAUCUGCAGAAUGUGCUCCAUGGUCUAAAACAGGUGGCCUCGGAGAUGUUGCUGGGUCCUUACCAAAGGCUUUAGCUAGGCGUGGACAUCGUGUUAUGGUUGUGGCACCUCGGUAUGGUAACUAUGCUGAAACUCAAGAUAUUGGAGUCCGAAAGAGGUAUAAGGUGGAUGGUCAGGAUUUUGAAGUAACAUACUUCCAAGCCUUCAUCGAUGGCGUGGACUUUGUCUUCAUUGAAUGCCCUAUGUUUCGCCACAUAGAGAGUAACAUAUAUGGUGGAAACAGAGUGGAUAUUUUAAAGCGCAUGGUAUUAUUUUGCAAAGCAGCUAUUGAGGUUCCUUGGCAUGUCCCAUGUGGUGGAAUCUGCUAUGGUGAUGGAAAUUUGGUUUUCAUUGCAAAUGAUUGGCACACAGCAUUAUUACCUGUGUAUUUGAGGGCAUAUUAUCGGGACAAUGGUUUAAUGCAAUUUACUAGAUCUGUUCUUGUAAUCCAUAACAUUGCUCACCAGGGUCGGGGACCAAUGGACGAUUUUGUUUACACGGAUCUACCAGAACAUUACAUUGACCUUUUCAAAUUGUAUGACCCAGUUGGUGGUGACCAUUUCAAUAUCUUUGCAGCUGGUCUUAAGACAGCAGACCGUGUGGUCACUGUUAGUCAUGGAUAUGCCUGGGAGCUGAAAACAUCUGAAGGCGGUUGGGGUCUGCACAAUAUCAUAAAUGAGAAUGACUGGAAAUUCAGCGGUAUUGUUAAUGGGAUUGACACAAAAGAGUGGAACCCACUAUGUGAUGUUCACCUAACAUCUGAUGGUUAUACUCACUACUCCCUGGAAACACUUGAUACUGGCAAGUCACAGUGCAAAGCUGCCUUACAGAAGGAGCUUGGUUUGCCCGUUCGUCCAGAUGUCCCUCUUAUCGGGUUCAUUGGGAGACUGGAUCAUCAGAAAGGAGUUGAUCUCAUAGCUGAAGCAAUUCCAUGGAUGAUGGGUCAGGAUGUGCAGCUAGUCAUGUUGGGGACUGGCAGACCGGACUUAGAACAGUUGCUUAGGCAAUUUGAAAGCCAGCACAGUGACAAAGUGAGGGGAUGGGUUGGCUUUUCUGUGAAGACAGCUCAUAGGAUCACAGCUGGUGCAGAUAUUUUGCUCAUGCCAUCAAGAUUUGAGCCUUGCGGGCUGAAUCAGUUAUAUGCUAUGACGUACGGGACAAUUCCUGUUGUACAUGCUGUUGGUGGAUUAAGAGACACAGUGCAACCUUUUGAUCCUUUCAACGAGUCAGGGCUUGGAUGGACAUUUGAUAGUGCUGAAGCAAAUAAAUUGAUACAUGCAUUAGGGAACUGCUUGCUAUCUUACCGAGAGUACAAGAAGAGUUGGGAAGGCUUGCAGAGACGAGGGAUGAUGCAAGACCUCAGCUGGGACCAUGCUGCUGAGAAAUACGAGGAGGUACUCGUUGCUGCCAAGUACCAGUGGUGAGCGCAGGUGCUUGUCCUCUGAUUCUUCCCAUUUCAGCUUACUCCCUUUGUCUGUUAUGCAAAUGGCAUAGUCCUACUGCUGGAGAGUUGACUAUUAUUUCUGGAUACUGUUUUUCUCUCCUGCUACCUGAUGCUUCCCAAGGAAGCCAAUCAUCAGAAUUCCUAAAAUCAAGCAGCAGGCCAAUCAACCUUUUGUCAUCUACUGCGUAGCUCAAGUCUGACUCUGAUUCAGCAAUUAUAGUCCUUUUUGGUUUUGACAAAACAGUGAUGAGAAAGGUGUUUUGAUGAUCUAAUCUGUUACUUGAAACGUUUGGAUAAUUUUCCUUUAGUUUCUUAAAAAAUGAAAUUUCAACCCGUAAACCCUGAAAA